UCCCCGGGUCAGGGCCAGGCCCGAGGGCGCGCAGGGUGGCGGAGCGGGAUAAGGGUUCAUUUUCCAAGGCCCGGAGUGCAAACUACCGCUGUCCUGGCUCGUGUCGCCCCUACGGUGCAGUGGGUAUCGAGCUCAUUAGCUGAGGAAAUUCUGCUGCUUCCUACAGGAGCGUAGAAGUCUUACCAGUCCCUGCUACACCUGCGGACUUUUAGUCUGGCUUCUGCUGUUCCCGGAGUGGAAUUCCAAUUAAGUUAGCAACAGAAGUUUCUAUCUGGUGAAGCAGUAUAAGCGAACUGCUUGUGGAACGCGGCCGCCAACACUGCUUUGCUGGCUGAUGCUGAUGGCAGAGAGGCAAUUUAUUUGGAAGCUUGUCUACUAAUUAAGCUUGGAUAGUAUUUCCUUUAGACUGCCUGCCUUCUGGACAGGGUUGCAUCUGUUAUAAAAUACAUAUGUGUGUGUGUCUGUAUAUAUAUAUAUUUAUAUGUAUUCUAGUACUGGGUUAUCUGCCCACCUUGGGAGUCUUUCUUCUCACUGAGUCUCAGCUACUUGCCCACCCAUUUCAAUCAAAGUAUCUGGAAAACCGAUUCAUGGGGUCUUUCCCACUUCAUAGUUCAGUGUCUCAGUCUUAAUGUUCAUGCCUCAGCAGAAAUGUAACAUUUAGAAGAGGGUUUUUGAGUGCUGCUCUCUGUCAAGUGACCUUGUUGCUGUCAGCAUCUUAUGACAUGCCAUUAUUUCAUGUUAUUUUGAGUCAAAGUUUAUCUUCAUAGCUGAUAGUUACCAUUUUGCCUUAGCUCUGCAGUCUCUGGCAUUGAGUAUCUUAUCUAUUAUGCAAUGUGCUACAUGGGCAGACAGUAGUCACCUUUCUGCCCGUGGUCACUUGAGUUUGGGAUUUCAUGCUAGAAAAACAUGUUCUUAGCAGGUAAAUUCACCAGGUUGGAUUACAGCACUGUGUGCAUAGAUUUUUUUAUUUUUUUUUUAUUCCCUAAAGAGUUCAGAGGUGAAUACACACACAUAUUUUUCUUGCUCAUAGACCCAGCACUCGAAGGUAUGUUGAAUCCAGGGGAAAAGGGAGGAUGCAUCUUCUCAGGACACUGUAAAUAUUUGUGCCUUGGUACUCUCACAAAAAUGUGUUGCAGGCAAUAAUCACCUGUGAUAAAUUACACUUGUAGUGUUUAAAAUUGCCAUGUAAAAAAAAGGCUGUUGAAGGAUGUUUGCAAGCACUGGUGGGGAGUGCUGGUGACAUAUUUUGCUGAUGGAGAUCAGAAUUUGUUUUUCCAAGCAUGGCUGAUUUUGAUCAUUGCUAAUAAAGACGAAGAAUAGCUGGAAAAGGCACCUUCCUCUUUAAAAAAGUCCCAUGGGUUUUGUACUUGGAAGUUACCAUGCUCCAGGUUCAGCAGUCCAAGGAGUCCUCACACCCUCUGGUUCUGUUAAGACCAGAGUACAAAAAACAGUUUGUGUGGGUAGAGCUACAUUAUAAAGUAGAAUAAAGGGUUUUAGCUCAACAUUUUCGUGUUGGGCAGCUGGAGCUGCAUAUCCUGGAUCAUGCCCUGUAGAAACAGUUGUUCCUUCCUUGUAGAGCUCAGUCACAGCACCACAAAUGAGGAAAAAACUUACUUAGGGAAAUCCUAAAAGUUUCCAUUUUUCUAACCCUUCUGUGGUUCCACAGAUGCUUCCAAAGCCACCACUGCAGUAGUAGGUGGUGGCCACGUGUGCCCUAGGAGAUGGUUGGAAAUCUGGUUCAGAAUACAGGGAAUUAGGGAAUAGGUGAGGCGUGCCAAGGUCAGAUUCCUCUUCAGCUUUAGAGGAACUGUCAGAGUGGGCUCAUACAAGCCUGAAAUAUACUUCAGAGAUUUCCUGCUGAUACUCUUUUCAAACAGUGAAACAACCAGUGACUAUUAAGAAAACUGUGGAGAGUGAUCAAAGGUAUUAAGUCUCUAAUCAAAAAGCUUUUCUGCUGAGAAGAAAUCAGACUUCUUGCGUUCCUCAGCAAAGAUUGCACCAGCCUUGGAGUGUCUGUGGUGGAGACAGCAGUGCAGGGCACAGGGCAGCCAGCAGAGAAGCAGCUGAUUAGUGACAACAUGUGCUAGACACAAGUUGCAGCAGAAGGAAAAUGACAUUUACAUCCCUAUGAUGUAAUGUCAUGAGCUGUCACAUCCCUGAUGUGCUGAGCUGCCUGUUCCUAUGGGUAUGAAUAUUUCAGAGAUCGCCCAUGUUGGAAUUGAGCAGUGGUUACAAAGGAACACCGAGGUCUUUGAAAUUCACUGUUUUAUCAGCUGCUUUUGGCUGUUGGAUGAGCAGUCCUCCCACUGCAAUCUCAAGUCCAAAGAAAGAUGGGCUCAGGACAUCAUCCAUGUGGCAUCCCCCUCUUGAUAUGCCCAUUUCCACUUCCUCCUCUGCAUGUGAGUACAUAGUUUGAAGGAAUCACAUUCCUCCCUGUUGAGUCUGCUGUCUUUGAUAAAUAACAAUUAGUAGCAGUAGCUAAGAAUUACAAAUUCCUACUAUGGAAUUCCUACUACUUGGAAUUAGUCAAGGAAAGUGUCAACAGCAACAGUAACACUGUUAAAUUCUAGUCAGACUUGCAGCCCUCCACAGCUCCAGCUCUGCUGGUGUGAGAGGUUGCUUCACCUGAGAGUGGCCAUACAAGGCUAACUGUGAGGGAGAGGUGAUAUUCCUUGUUUUUCCUCAUGUGAAAAAAUAAGUCUGGAAAGUUAUGAUAACAACACUCAGAGCUUAGUUUGUGAUAAGUCACUAUAUAUUGGGUAAGUAACAGAUUGGGGCCACAUUUGCAUAAGACCAGUAGUAGUGUAAAUUACAUCUUGCUCUCUGCAAUACCAUAAUUACAGACUUUAUGGUCUGUAAACAUCAUAUUCAAAGACAGCUAAGCCCAAGCAUGUGCUAACCUAUAUGCAUCUUCUUCCUCAUGGAACCACUGCCUGUGACUGGUUGAGGAUACUGUAACAACAGCGUUGGUGUGAUUUAUAGACCUAGUACAGCAGAAUGAAAACUGAACUGCUGGUUUUUUGCCAAAUUGCACAGUAACCCUUACUGCUUUUAACAAAUACACCUUUGACCCAUUCAGUUGUACUCACUCUAGCUAUUUUGUGCUCAAAAGGUGAGUUGCUGAAUUAUAAAAACUACUUAUCCUUAGGGUGUUGGUGGCUCUUUUAUUCUCAGGUGCUGUGAUGAACUCUUGAUGAAAAAUUCUUACCUGCGGAGAUGUGUUGCACAUGCUGAACUGAGUAACAGCACAUAGGCACGGGGAACACUGCCAGCACUAACAGUGAGUGACAUGGCACUGGCUUCACAUGACUUGUCUGGGAGGGGACAGCCAGCUCUGCUUGGAAACACACCCCUGUUGCCUUUGCCUAAACCCUCAUAAAGUUUCCACGGCAGUAGUGAAAGGUGAAGAGUUGAACUCUGGGCUCUGAAUAGACACAAAGGACCUCUCCUAGGCUACCGUCAGCAGGAGGUGAGCAAAGAAUGGGCAGCCAGAGUUCAAGGGUGUAGUAGCUUGAAAAGAUGUGAUAGAAACUUUGAGGGAGUCAUUAAAGGGCAGUGUGGUGUGUCUGUGUGAAGUCCAUUGUGAGCUUUUCUAGGAAGGUGGUUGCCCUCAGACCCGUGCAGGGCGUGGUAGGACAUCAAACGUGACGUCUGGUCCUGUGUCUGUCCACAGAGCUUCGUGGAUAUGCAACUGCUCAGGUGACCAGUGUAUUCCUCCUUUCUGAGUUGCUGCAAGAAGAGUACUCCUAAGAGGCUUCCCUCCAUCAUAAAGAUGAAAAGAGACUCUGGAUAUUCCACCAUGGCUGAGCAGCAGAAGCAGGAAGAGAAGCUCUGGGAUGCCUUGAAGAUCAGUGCCUACGCCUUCAGUACAGGCCUGCUCACAUUCACUGCCUUAGUGAACUCUGUUUCUUGGUUUGUGCAGGAUAUAACUUUAGGCAAUUUCUGGCAAACAACAUGGCUGAAGUUCUACAACUUCUUUGAGGGAGAUGAGUGGACAAUCUUCCUCCUUGGGGCUGCAUUGGUGCCUGCACUUGCUUUCUGGGGCUUCAAUGGAAUCCUUAUGGUGGCUGAUAUAACAGGAAAGCCAACUUUCAUUACUCGCUAUCGCAUUCAGCUGGGCAAGAAUGAUCCUGUGGACACAAAGAAGCUGUGCCAAGCCAUCUACACAGCACUGGGUAAUCAGUUCUUUGUCUCCUUGCCCAUGCUUGUGGCCAUGUUCCAUGUCAUGAAAUGGUGGGGCAACACCUUCAGCAAGGAAUUACCCACUUUCCAGUGGUUUCUUGUGGAGCUAAGCAUCUUCAUCACAAUAGAGGAAAUUCUCUUCUAUUAUACACACAGGCUUGUUCACCACCCAGUCCUGUAUAAGCACAUUCACAAGAAGCACCAUGAGUGGACAGCCCCCGUCGGCGUGGUCUCCAUUUAUGCUCACCCCAUAGAACACGUACUCUCCAACACGCUGCCUGUCAUAACUGGCCCGAUGGUCAUGGGGUCUCACAUUGUUUCAAUCUCAGUGUGGUUCUCCCUCGCUCUCGUAACAACAAGCAUUUCACACUGCGGAUACCACCUGCCCUUCCUGCCAUCUCCAGAGUUCCAUGACUUCCACCACCUCAAGUUCAACCAGUGCUAUGGAGUCCUGGGAGUGCUGGAUUAUCUGCAUGGCACAGACAGAGUGUUCAGACAAACCAAAGCCUUCGAGAGACACAAGGUCCUCCUCGGCCUCACACCGCUCUCCGAAAGCAUCCCCGAGGCACCCAAGAGGGCCGAGUGAACCAGCCCAGCAGCUCUUGUGACCAGCAGAGUGAGAGACAAUGAUUUAUGCCAAAUAGUAUUUUAACUGGGAAACAAGUUAUUGUUCACACAUAACGAGACCCGAAACUGAAGUUAAACAUGCUGCUGGAAAUGACUGCACAUUUACUGCAAAAAACUCUUGCUCUAGAAAUCUGUUUUUAAGCAAAAUGUAGUGGUUUGCUUCUUAAUUACUUGCACUGUCCCUUGGUUCCAGCUGCCUGUGCAUGAGCCAGGUGUGUUCUGGGCCACGUGACUGGGGAGUUUUCAUUGAGAAUUACUGAGGUUUUGGCACCAGUUUCCACAGGCAACGCUUUGGCCUCUCUCAGCAGCACUGACUCUAUAGAAACACCAGCAAGGUCACUGUAAUUGCAUGUGAUGGUAUUAAAACCACUAUUUUUCUGAGACUCAGAGCACCUGGGGUAGUAGAUGCAAUCCCAUGGAAGAUCAGUGGUGCCACAGCUUUAGAAACUCUCCCCUGCCCAUGCAGCAGAGACCUGACUCCCCCUGAGCAGUCUCUCCUUAGGAGAGGUCAGUCCAGCUCUGAAUUAGGGCUGUCACGGCCUCAUAGCUGCUCCACAGAUCAGUGGCAAACAAAAGUGAGUUUCUCCUCAUGGGAUAGGGAAGGGGCUAUGUGCCACAUGCCAUUACCUCCUCCUGCUGAGCCUCAUCACCAAGAUACAACCAAAAUUCCACAAUGAUAAAUUACGAAGUCUUUCCAAGGAAAGCUGAGUCCCUGCUGUCCUGAGCUGUGUGGAGAUCAGUGAAACACUAAGAAAGGACUCAACAUAGCAGCCCCCAGAGCUUUAUGCACAUCCCCAAGUACCUACAGACCCAUCAAGACAUACUGUGAAUUUUCUCAAUCUUUUUAAGUUUCAGUCUUUCCUGGGGGGCUGGGACAAAAAUAACACAUCUCCCCCCAGUGCCAGAGCAGCCCCCCAAGGAGGGGACACGCAGGGCUGAGCUGUGCUGCACUCACCUGUGGUCAGCCCAGCUCUACCUGUGGAAGUCAACUCGCUUCCCCAGCCCUCCUCUGGUCCCUACAGCCAGGCAGGGAUGAACCUGGCCCACUCAUCAGCUCCCUGGGGAGGGCAAGUCAGCAGAACAGAAAACCCAGGCUGCGAUGUCUUUUGAAGUUUUUAUUUUUAUACAUUUUUUUUUGUAUUAAAAAGGAAAAAGCAUAAUUACCACAAAUUACAAAGGACUAAAGCAUUACUAGAAUAAUGAAUCACAUCAGCCUAGAAAGCAGAUAAUCUGAAUAAUAUUAAUGUUAUAAUACAAGCUCUCAUUCAAGUAUUUUACAUUUUUCUCUUUUCCGUUUAUACGUGAUGAUGAUCCUAGCACAUGGGUCAAAGAUUAUGUACUAUCAACAGAGAUGGAUCAUGUACAGCCGGCCGUAUUAACAAGAUUUUCCUCCCAAGUGA